AAUGUCACAGCUAGAGAGUGUGACUGACAUAGAAAACUAACUGCAACGGCCUCAACCAAUGGGUUGCUCAAUUUCAAUAUAAAUAUAGGUGAAAGGGAAGACUCACAUUCCAUCACAUAAUUAAACUUCCACACACGACACAAAUUGGAUUUUGAAUUUUUUUGAUGUCAUAGCAAUAUUAGCCUAUAAUAUAUAAGCAACAUCAUCAUUUAUAAAAGAUAUAACUAUAUUUUAAGUAUUUUGCUAUCUAGUCAUUCCUGUUAAAUGGGAGCUCCUUUAUCAGCAUGGCCAUGGGAGAACUUAGGGAUAUUCAAGUAUAUGCUAUAUGGACCAUUUGUAGGAAGAGUAAUGUAUGAAAUAUUUUAUGAAGAAGAGAAAGACUGGAAAUUCAGCUGGUGCCUUCAAUUGCUCAUACUAAGUGCUGUGAGAGGGCUAGUUUAUUUGUUUUGGAAUUGUUACACCAAUAGUCUUUUUCUUACACGAAACCGUCAAAUUUUAAAACAGGGGGUCGAUUUCAAGCAGAUUGAUAAAGAAUGGGACUGGGACAACUUUUUAAUUCUUCAAACAAUAUUUGCCACUAUGGCGUAUUAUAUGUUUCCGUUCCUACAAAAUCUUCCUACGUGGAAUAGUAAAGGUGUUAUUGCAGCUUUGAUUUUCCACGUGGGAAUCUCGGAACCACUAUAUUAUUGGGUUCACAAAAAGUUUCAUGGAGACUAUCUAUUUACCAAUUACCAUUCACUUCAUCAUUCAUCUACGGUACCACAAUCAUUGACAGCGGGACAUGGAACGGUUUUGGAGCAUAUGUUUUUGAGUUUAGUAAUUGGAAUUCCAAUCCUUGGAGCUUCAUUGAUGGGAUAUGGAUCAAUAAGUAUGAUAUAUGGUUACAUAUUGAUUUUUGAUUUUCUCAGAAGUUUGGGACAUUGCAACGUUGAAUUUAUUCCACAUAAUCUAUUUGAGACAUUCCCAUUUAUGAGAUAUCUCAUGUAUACUCCAACAUACCAUACACUACACCACACUGAAAAGGAUUGUAAUUUUUGCCUCUUCAUGCCUCUCUUUGACGCACUAGGAAAUACACUUAGCAGCAAAUCAUGGGAAUUACACAAAUCAUACAGUGCAGGAAAUGAUAGUAGGGUACCGGAAUUUGUUUUCUUGGCUCAUAUAGUUGAUAUCACAUCUGCUAUGCAUGGUCAAUGCUGUCUAAGAACCUUUGCUUCAUUACCAUUCAGAACAAGAUUCUUCUUGAUCCCAUUUUUUCCAUUUGCGGUCAUAGGUGUGUCAGCAAUGUGGCUUUGGUCCAAAACCUUUUUAUUUUCUUUCUAUUACCUUAGGGAUAGACUACAUCAAACAUGGGUUGUCCCUAGGUGCGGUUUCAUGUAUUUCUUGCCAUUUGCUACUGAGGGUAUCAAUAAGCAUAUUGAGCAAGCUAUCCUCACGGCUGAUAAAAUUGGUGUCAAAGUCAUCAGCUUGGCUGCUUUGAAUAAGAAUGAAUCUCUAAAUGGAGGAGGAAAACUUUUUGUGGACAAACAUCCAAACCUAAGAGUUAGAGUUGUUCAUGGCAACACUUUAACAGCAGCUGUGAUCUUAGAUGAAAUACCUAAAGAUGCUACAGAGGUUUUCCUUACUGGAGCAACUUCAAAGCUUGGAAGAGCAAUUGCUCUCUACCUUUGCCAAAAGAAAGUCAAAGUUCUGAUGUUAACACUAUCAACAGAGAGGUUUGAGAAGGUCCAAAAGGAAGCACCUCUAGAAUACCAAAGUUACCUUGUUCAAGUAACAAAAUACCAAGCAGCACAGCACUGCAAGACUUGGAUUGUUGGCAAGUGGAUCACUCCGAGAGAGCAAAAUUGGGCGCCGCGUGGAACUCAUUUCCACCAAUUUGUUGUGCCUCCAAUUUUUGCAUUUAGAAGAGAUUGCACUUAUGGAGAUCUAGCCGCUAUGAGAUUGCCUAAGGAUGUCGAAGGCCUUGGAUGCUGUGAGUACACAAUGGAUAGGGGAGUAGUCCACGCAUGCCACGCAGGAGGAAUUGUACACAUGCUUGAAGGUUGGACUCAUCACGAAGUAGGGGCGAUUGAUGUUGAUCGAAUCGAUGUUGUAUGGAAAGCAGCAAUGAAACAUGGUCUAAGACCUUUAUCUUCAGGAUCUACUAUCAAAGCAAAUUAAGUUGAAUUACAGGGUUUCUAAUCAGUUUCAUCUCAAGUGUUAUAGUGGUCAUUUAAAUGUGGUUAAGUUCUCUUAGCUUGCUUUGUCAAAAGUUGUUAAUGUUGUUCAAAUCUCUUGUUAGAAACCUCUCUUUUUUCUAAUUAAUGAAAAUUUCUACAUUCAAAAUA